UUUUCGUUUCACCCACACUUGGACAUCCAAAUUGGUCACAGAAACGGCGAGAUCCGUCUCAACCAGAAUAUCUCGAGAGUUACCCCUCCAAGGAAAGAAGACUCGAACUCACUUCUACUCGCCCCUAAAUCAAGGCAACUCACUCGAACCCAGUAUCUCACACUCACACUCACAUUCACCAACAUCACACAUCUAACCAUGUCGUCACCAUCCACCACCGAAACCUGCCGCCUCGUGGUCCUCUGCUCCGGCUCCGGCACGAACCUGCAAGCCAUCAUCAACGCAGUCGCCGACGGCACCGUACCGCAAAGCAAGAUUGAAAAGGUCAUCGUGAACCGCAAGACCGCCUACGCCGUCCAGCGCGCGGAGAAGGCGGGCAUCCCGACGCGGUACUUCAACCUCGUCUCGGGCGGCUUCACGGCCAAGGGCGAAAAGGACGAGGCGAAGCUGCGCGAGGGCCGCGGCCGGUACGACGCGGCGCUGGCCGAGCUCGUGCUGCAGGACAAGCCGGACCUCGUCGUCCUCGCCGGGUGGAUGCACGUGUUUAGCGCGCCGUUUUUGCGGCCGUUGGAGGCUGCCGGGGUUCCGGUCAUUAAUCUUCACCCGGCGCUGCCUGGCCGUUAUGAUGGUGCCAAUGCGAUUGGAAGGGCAUACGAAGAUUUCCAGGCCGGCAAGCUUGAGAACAACCGGACCGGAGCAAUGAUUCACUAUGUCAUUGAGACGGUGGACCGUGGAGAGCCUAUCCUCAUUGAGGAGGUUGAGAUUCGCUCGGGUGACAGUCUGGCAGAUGUGGAAGAGCGUAUGCACAGCGUCGAACACGGUCUCAUUGUCAAGGCCACCGCAAAGGUCGUGCAGGAGAUUUUGGAAAGGAAGAAGCAAUAG